AUGGCCGACUUUAACUUCUAUAAUCUGCGGAUGCAAAACGCGACUCAUGGGGACUGCUUGCAAGCAAUCCGAGGCCAGAAGAUUCCCAAGGCCCUCGGUGCCAAGGUCACCCAAAGAUGCGUGAUGCGUGGCAUAAGAUAUCAUCCUGGCUUCGGCGUUGAGCUCUAUGGCCUUCUUCCAGAAUUUACUCGCGCACUCAAUACCCGAAGCAUCAUGAGCAACCAGAUCCGGGACAUAAAUAAUGACCGUCCCGAAACAUUCCCUACAAUAUCUGGCAUCCGCAAACCGCGCUAUGUGGGCCUAUUUCACGAGCUUGAUCUGCUCCGCGAAUGCCAUAUCGCUGAGGAGGCACGCGAGAACCACCAUAAGGCAAUCUACGAUGCUAUUUUGAGAGCCGAAGUCAAGUAUCAUGCCAUGGACGAUUAUACUCGAGAGAUCUUCGAUCCUAUACCUGGAAACCUUAACGGCAAUACAAUUAUACCGUUAUAUCACGAUAUUCGAUUUGCGAUAGGCUACUCCCCCACGCUCUACACUGGUAUUCACUGGGCAAUGUUCCCCGUGAGCUUUGAACUUACUGAGGAUGGAAGAAUGCCUUCUAAGGUGACAUUGAUCGAUACGUGCGCCUACGAACGCCCAGUCGUUGUACAAACCGAGCGAAGCUGUAUGAUUCGUGGCAUCUACAAUAACGCUAUCUUUGCCAAAUGGUGCUCGCUUCAAACGGAUAAGCACUUGCAGGAUGCUCCCAUCAAAGCAGCUAUCAACGCUCGCUUUAUCAUGAACGGCGACUUGUCACGAAUAACCGCGGAUACUCCGGAUGCAGAGAUACCCUAUAACAUAUCGUGCCCGACCAUCCCUCUGCCAUGUGUACUCGAAGAGCUCUUCCGGCGUCAACCCAAGAUGAAGAACGCUAUCGCAAGAGCAUCUAUCCUCGCCGACUAUGAGAGUGUAUAUGAUCUUGUGGAUGCAAACCCAGACACCAUUCUUAUGCGAGAUGCUUGCGACUCCACCAAUCCACAUUACCUGCAAGAUCUUGAAGCCAAGGUUCUCAACGUGGAUGCAAAGACUUGA